CUUUGUUUGACGAAUAAUCGAAACCCUCGUCGUUUCUCUCUCUAACUUUCUCUCUCAUUAGCUCGGCCAGGGAAUAGCAGUAAUAGGAGUUAGCCGAUCGCUCUCGUUCACCCUUCAUUUGGAGUUAAAUUCCCGGAACCGAGCAAUUGAAUCCCGGUAAAAAAAAAUUGAGGGAAAAGAAGUACUUUUUUUGUAAUUCAGAGUACAGCCACCGUCGUGGUGGUUUUGUUGGUGGAGGUGGUGGUGGUGGCGGUGAAGUAGAAGAACUCAAUUCAUAAUGCUGGAAAACCCUAGCUCGGAUUCAGCAGCCGCUGCCGCCAGCAUCGCCACCGUCAAGCGAUACGCUCCUCCCAAUCAACGGAAUCGGUCACUUGGUAGGCGUAAAUCUGGAGGAGAUCGACUAGAACGGGCAAACAGCUAUGUGAAUGAUGGGGAGAGGAUUCCUGUUGCUGCCACCAAAAGUGGUCCUAUAGCAGAUCAUGGGGAUUCUGGUUACAACAGUCGUGCCCAUGAAAGUCUUCGUGUUAAGUUAAUACCUUUACACGGGUGUUGCAACAGUGAAGCUUCUCAGCUUCUGGUUAACCGUUGGGCUGUUGUCAUGAAUGCACACAACAGUUUGCCAGAAGAUUCGUCCGAAAAGCCAGUUGUGUAUACAAAGAAGAGUACGUCGUCCUGGGGUCAAGCAAUUCUUCCGCAUCUGAUGAUUCAGCCUAGUGGUGGGGCGAGAGAUUUUCUGGGCGAACUCCGAAAGGCGAUGCACAAUGCUAAUUCUGGUCCCAAUGUGUAAAACGGUGCUCUUAACUUAAAACACAAUAAACCUGAGUUUUGAUGGAUUAGAGAUCUUUUGGGCUGUAUGAUUACAGUUUAUGAUUUGUUGUAUGUGCUCGUUACACGAUAUGCCGUACAGUUUGUUCCAGUAUAAUUUAUUCGCCAGACGCAAGAAUCUUUUAGUGUCGAUAUUGUGUGCUUCUGUAUGUGAUUAUUAGUGAGGUACUUGUCCUAGGCUACGUUUUUAACUUGUGUGUUCUUGGCCUGGUCCAAAAUUCGGUAGUCGAGGAAUAUUUAUUUUCUGACAGCAUAGUUUUUUGUUUUC